GAGACCAAGCAAAACCUACAAGACCUACAAGAAGGAAUUGUGAAAGAAUAGGUGGCUCGAGAGCUCAAAAUAACAUUGAUAUUAAUAAAGCAUUACAGUAAAGGCAGACCUGCUGUGGUAUGUGUUAAUAUACAUAUUGAACGUUACGUACUCUUGUCUUGUACAGUAUAUAUGUAAUAAUUAUAUUAUGUAUAAAAGAGCUGAAUGUCGCUCGGUCGUGCUUCUUUAAUAAAAUAGAACAUCAAGUCAUUCAGCAAGCAUUAUAUCCACUGCAGUAGCAAGAAUUACAUUGCUUGAAUCCAAUUUAAAAGGCCUUUAAAUUUCAAAUUUUGUAAUCCCUUUUAACAAAAUCAAUUAAUUUUGUUCAUUUGAGGCAUAUUGAACCUGAUUGUUUUAAUUAAACCAUAUGUAAAUUAUGUAAGACUAUAGUAAUUAUAAUUACUUCCAUCAAAUCCCCCUUAAGCAAGUCUGCAUGCCAUGUAUCACACUGGUGGUCUUCAUUGUGAGAAUCAAAAUUUACUAGACUGUCAACCCAAGGUAGAACACAAGUUCAAUUGAGUGACUUGGAAUUUGAGACAAGAAUCAAGUUAUUUCAGUAUCUAUCAGUAAUUAUGGCAAACACAAGUUGAUCAGUGAGGGACCAUUAAGAUGCCUGGGCUGACUGUCUUGAACACAUUUUGCAUGUUAAACCGUUGAAUGAUCUCACCCCAUAUCUAUGCUUGUAUUCCUGUUUUUAAAAUAUACAAGUUAAGCAGUUGUAUGUUUCAGGUAUAGUUGUAUUCCGUAUCAAUCUACAGCUUCCCUGAUCUGUUUAUCACUCAGUUGAUUAGUUGAAAGGAAAAUAGUCAAAAUAAAUUGAAGUAUUUUUAAAGCUUUUCGAUUGACUAUCCUUGUCAGUCCAGUUGACUUUAUUCAGUAUUUGACCCAAUUUGUGUUAAAUCAUGUAUCGGUACUCUGAAAAUCGUGAUUUGAGUUCACCUUAAUCAGUCGAGCUGUGUCAAUGACCUAAUUGAAUAUAAAAAACACUGGGAAUAUUUACUAUGUACUAGCAUAUUUAAUUAUUGUAAUAGUAUACAUUGGUGCAGUCGUGAACAUAUGUAAUGCCUCAGACUCCUGCCCUGAAGUAGCUAGUGCCAAUGAGCAGUGCCGGAUCAACCAUAUGGCAGAAGCAGCAUAUGCCAUGUGGGCCCCAUGCUUUUGGGGGCCCCACACUUAAUCAUUUUGAAUUUUUUGUUCCCUGUUUCGAUGCGAGGCCCAAACAAACAUAAAGACAACAGAUAUAUACUUUUAGGUUUUUACUUGUCACAGAUAAUAUUUAAAUUGCUGAUACUCAUUGUGUCACUUAAUUUUAGUUCAAAUUGUUGAUGUAUAUUUCUUUUUUUUUGUAAAUGCACAGCAGGAUACAAUGCAUGGAUACAAAAGGAUAUUUUUAUAUUUUUGAAUCUUUCUGAAUUCAGUGUUUAAAAUGCCAUUGGGGGGGGGGGGGUAGUUAAGGGGCCCCCGUGCUGAUAAUAUGGCACAGACCAUGAAAAAUGUUAAUCCGGCCCCGCCAAUGAGUGCAUUAAUUAUGUACAGUAUGGAAGCACUUAGUAAUCUAAAGUUUGUAUGCCAGCAAGCAGGGCCACAGAGAGGACGUUGCAUGGGGUUUGGGGCAAAACGUUUCUUUUUUCCUUAACUGAACACGAGGUCUGUACAGAGAAAUAUCGGACCACUUGAGGUCUUUUUUGUACAGACCGAACCCGUAGCUAGGGUGAGGUUUGUUUUAGAAAAGAUCAUUUUCGAGGUCUGAUAUUUCUCUGUACGUACCGAGCAAAAUAGAAUAGAAUAGAAUAGAAACUUUAUUUCACGAGGGAAAACGCAUUAACCAUUAUAAGUUAUCUAACAUACUGUAUGGCCCUCGCACUAUUUUGAUAUUUACAGGCAUAAAAAGUAAUAAUUAAAGAUUACGACUAUUUACAUAUGAGAAAAAAAUAAUUAGUAAUGAAUACAAUUACAAUUUAGUAAAUAUUUACAAUUUAUACAAAAUAGAUCUUCGGUAUGGUUAGUAACGGUCAAGCAAGGUUAAUAAUUAAAACGUUUAUUAUAUGGUAUUUAAUUAUACAUGAAACAAACAAGAACUGAUGCAUGUUUUGAAAUGCAUAUUAGUAGCGUAGUACACAUUUGGUCGAAGAAAACAAAAAAACCCAAUGUAUUCCUUCUUUUACAAAAAAAAAACAUUCGCAGAUAUCUUAUUAAUAACAACUUCAAUUAUAAUUAUUUUCCAAUUUUCAAUUAGUUUUGCUGUUUUGUUUCAAAAUGCAUGAGUUUGUUUUUACGUAAUGGACCGGACUAGACCAUUACAGGAAAAUAAUGGACCGCUGAAAUUAAGUGCUUCUCAACCAAUCGCAGUCCGCCAUUUCACCCGAAGUGAUGCUUGCCACAUAAUAAAAUCUGAUAACGCCCCCAAGGUUGCCUCCGCUUGAUAUUCGGUGGUGUGUCUGAAAGUGAAAGAAAGAAAACAGAUGGCUGUUGUCGGCAUACCUAGUUGCAAACCGUUAUCUUCGAUAUUAUAUGCAGACAAACGUUAAUUCCAUAAAAAACUGGUUUUGCACUUGUCUAGUUAUCAGAUGAGAAAAUCAUUGCAUGUCUUGCCACUUUAUUAAUUCUCUUGCGCCGGCAACGCAAUUAAAUUUGACCCGUUGCAUUGCCCACGCGAGAAAAAAUCGUACGUGUAACCUGGGCUUUACUGUUUAUUGCGUUUUUGCCCCAAUUGCAACGUGUCCUCGUUUGCGUAUUUUAACAUGGCAGGCGCACACGAAGGUUAUAUUCCACCAAUAUGUUUCUCUUUGAUUUUGAACCGAAUCACCAACCUGGAAAUAACUACAUGAAAACGGGGCCAUUGGGGCAAAGGUGUAAUAAAUAGACAAGUGUACAUUGCUCAAUUAUAGUCAUUUUGUGGAUCCAAAAAUUCGACUUUAUAGAGAUGUUCCGUAUACCAAUAGACCGAAAAUCCCUUCAUUUGCAAGAUACUAGCGGAACAAUAGUACGGAAAGCUCCAUUGUGUUUUAAUUGUUUUGUACUCCAUGCCGUUCAUUCACCCAUUUUGACAUUUUUAAUUUUAAACAAAAUCCUUAUGAAUCCAGUAAAUAUACAUAUAUUUCGGAAUGACAGUUCUUCAGUUGAUUCGAAUUACUCUCAAUAGUGUUGUUGGUUCCUUCACUAAAUAGUUCUGGUUCACUAAGUUCUUUCUUUUUAUUAUCUGCAUGGGGUCACUACCAGGAACUGACAAGAACUGACACUCUUACAGCCAGUGGCCCAGUUUGCUCAUCGCCGAGCAUGCGUAUACUGUACAUGCUAUCGUGUACUGAAUGUUAAUGAGACGAACUACGAAAUUAUAUUUCAGAAUAUAGUCGGCAAAGUUUUUAAUUUAUUGAUAGGUUAAGGAAAGGCUAAAGGCCGCAAAACAAAUAUUAGGUAAUUCGGCAAUAAAUAAAUGAAGAACACUUUAAACGUACAAUUUAAAGAUGAUGUCCACUCCUGUGCACAUGCGCGAACUUUGUUUACGUUUUAAACUACUAUAUUUGUAAAAUAUGAUUCGCUAUACUUGUAAAUGAAUAUAAACUAUACGUUUCAAUUCAAUUCAAAAAAGUUCGAAAGAUGCAACAUUUGGGCAAUAUUAAUGUUUAUAUCUGGGGGUCCCCCUUCGUUCUGGGCAUCAGUUCUGCUCAUAACAGAGUGGACAUCAUCUUUACUAGCCUUAUUUUGUUGCAAAUAGAUGAAAGUAAAACAAAACAAAAAAGCCAGCGAAAUUGUUUGACUGAGCCCACGAUGUCAUGCAAUGAAUACUCUGUGUCAUGUCCAUUAUUUUUCUAUGCCAUUUCUGAUCGUGCCUGUGUCCGGUGUCCCCAUCCAAAACUGGUGGAGAACGCCUGGUUGCAUGGUGUGAGAAAGGCUAGUGUACUUUUGACGUUCAAAAUUUAAAAGCAAAUUGGUCGCUUGAAAAGUUAUAUAAAGAAUACAUAGAAUAUGGCCAUACUGCAGAUAGGUAUACAGUAAAAUCCCGCAUAAGAACCUUUUUUCCAGCGUUAGCCUAAACAUGUACAGGUUCUUAUGUAAAUGUGCUUACCAGGAAAUUAAGCUGAACAGGUUCUUAAUUUAAAUAAGUUCUUAUUUUUUUAAGAGAAAAGCGACACAUUUUAGGGAGGUAUGAUAUAUGAUUUAUAUAAAUUGAUAAUGAGUAUACAUUCGAAGUCGCAUACUAUAAACUAUCACUAACAAUAAACCAUUAACGAUACUUUCCUUAUGAAGUUUAUUUUAUUUUCAUGCCAGGAUCUAAAUAAUAUGAGUAUUACACAAGAAGAUAUGGCUGGAAAGGUUUGUCUGGUCACUGGAGCAUCUCGUGGGAUUGGAAAGGGAAUUGCUGCUGUGCUAUCAAAAGCUGGAGCAACAGUUUAUAUCACAGGUAGCGGCUAUAUACUGUAUGUAGAUCAUAGAAUGUGCUGUUCCAUUUAAUAUGUGCCGCCGCCCCAUAUUGAAGAGUCUGGAUACCCAAUGGGGAGGACGGGGUCUUUACCUUAAAUUUUCCUAGAGGAUAGCUUGAGACUGAUUUUUUAAAAAUGGCACAAAUGAGGUGUUUUCAUUGGUGAUAUCCAAGAGGGAAAAGCGAUAUCCUAAAGGGGUUUGUAAGAUAUCCUCUGGGGUAACUUUCACAAAUUGCAUCCAAGGGGGUUCCAAAUUUUUAUAUCCUGAGGGAUUAUGAAGGAACCCCUCAAUAGGGGGGUGCCCAUAUUAAAUGGAAUAGCCCAAUAGAUACUAUUUAAGCCUGGUUUUCAUAUGGUCGUAAUGUUCAUAAAAAUAGAGUCACGAUCUUUCUCAACCGCCAGUUUGUAAUAUUAUAGUUUAUACUUGUAAUAUAGUUUAUAAUUAUAGUUUGUACUUGAGUACAUAACACCAGCACACACACAAAGAAAUGAGACUAGUAUUCCCUAUUCUAAUCACUCCACGUAUUUUCAGUUCUAAAAUUUUGUAUUUCGCUUGAUGAGAAAGAUCGUGACUCAGUCUUUACGACCAUAUGGAAACCAGGCUUUAGAUCUGUAUUAUUUAUAUGCUAUAGAUAGCCGACAGAUUAAUAUGGGCCUUUAUAUGUGGAUUGGAUUGGACUUGAUCAACAGGAUAGUUAGUUGAGUUUAUGCAUAUAGUUGUAUGAGAAUCACAUUCUCGGACAUGCCAAUAAUUCAGUAUAGUUAGUUAUACCGCUUAAUUGUUAGCAAGAAGCAACUCGCUGCGAGUGCAUUAAUCCAAUCACAAUGCUGAACAGUUUAUUUUAAUUAGAUGCAAGUACUUGCAAAAGCUUUGCGAGUUCACUCAGUGCAAUUAGUGGAGAAAAGCCUUGCGAAAUUCAAUUUUUAGUUUCGGCCAUUUGUACACCUAAAGUUCACUAUUUAUACGUUCAAUCCAUUAAUUUUAAGUAUUUAAUUUGUAGGUCGUUCGGUCAACAAGGAAUUCCAAGAUGAGGUAUCAAACUACUAUCAAUAACUAUAAUAGUUCGAAACAAGUAAUAUAAUACUGUAGUUCGAGA